AUGGCGGGCUCUGGCCUCCUGUGGCUGGCCUUGACCUCCUGCAUUCUGACCCUGGCCUCUACAUCACAGCACAGUGACAGAAUCCCUCGUGCAGCCAUUUCCCAUGUGCAGGAGUUGUCAUGUGGAGAUCCUGACACCCCAGAGGCUGAUGACUGCUUCGACCCCUGUGAGAAUUACACUGAACUGGAUGAACCAUCCAGGGGCACGAACAGCAAAGAAAGAAUCGAGGCAUGUGAUGACCACUUGAGUGGCUGGUACCGCUUUCAGAGUGAUGGAGGAAUAACAUUGUUAGAGGAAUGUAUCCCCAUGUUUAAAUGCCAUACAGAUGCUCCCUUGUGGCUAAACGGGGCUCACCCCAAAUUGGGGGAAGGCAUUGUCAGCCGCACUGUCUGUGCUCACUGGGUUGAGAACUGCUGUUUCUGGGAGUACGAAGCGGAGGUGAAGGCCUGCUUGGAUUAUUCAAGAUAUCCAGAUGAUCCAGAUCUUUUCUAUGUGUACCAGCUGGAGCCCACCACUAAUUGCAACCUGAGAUACUGCACAGAUCGCAACAGCACAGCGAUAAUGUGCAGGUAUCCAGAAUGCCGUUCUGUGGAGAGAUGCAGCUAUCGAAAUAAGGAGUGGAGCUGCCGUUGCAGGAAGAAGUACAACGACUCUGAAAUCCAGAGUCUGCAACCUAUACUGCAGUGUGGCGCCUCUGAGAUCACACUGACGAUUGACACGUGUUUACUGGGUGGUCUGGAAAUAGAGGAGCUCAUUGGUUCACUCACAAAUGGAAAAGCUGUUGAUAUUGAGCCAGGAAGUGACACUUACUCAAGGAAUGUGAUUAUCCCUUUUGAUUCCUUCGACUAUCCUGAUACCACUAAGAAUGAUGCAGUGUACAAAGACACCAUCACCUUCAAGAGCACGGAAACUGAAAGUAUAUUGCUUCAAGUCAACUUCGAUUGUACUUACCCACUGGACUAUGAAGUCAGCCCACCAAAUGUACUGAAGCCCCUUGUAAGUCCCUGGAUCAUCAGUGUGUCUGGGGAAGGAAAGUUCAAUGUCGUGAUGGGCUUCUAUGAUGAGGACUUCAAAAAACCUAUUGAAGACGAUGUCAUUGAGCUGCCAGUUGACUCCAUUGUCUAUGUGAAGGCCAAGUUGAAAGAAGGAGACAGAGGCCACUUUAAGACGGUGUUGAGGAACUGCUACGCAACUGCAGACAUUUACCCUGUGGAUUACCCCUUGAUUAAAGACAGGUCUGCCCAGAAAGAAAAGGUACUGAUGGAACAGCCCUCGGCCAAACGCAGGAGACAGAUUUGA